UACAACAGUAUGAAGGGAUUUGGCGUUGCUCUUUUUUGCCUUGUUGUGGCUGUUCAGGGCCGCAACUUGGAUGUAGAUGGUCUGUCCGGCAGUCCGGCCCAGCUGGGCGAGAACCCAUGGCUUGUGCAUCUUCGGGUUACCAAGUUAACGGGUGGCGGCCUCCUCAGCUCCAGUGUGGGCUCACUCAUCGGCUCCUCCUGGGUUCUGACUGCUGCUAGCGCCGUGCAAGACGCCCGUUUCGUCUGGAUCCGCUACGGUGCAGUGGACCCCAUCCGGCCGGAGCUUGUUACGGAGACCAGCACUGUGCGUAUCCACCCUGAGUACAACGCAGCCACAGGCGAGAACAAUGUUGCGCUUGUCAGCAUCAACCGAAUUGUCCAGCCUACCGAUAAUAUCAAACCUGUCACUUUGGCUGCGGCUGGCUCGGAGAUUCCAUCAUCUGGCCGCUUGUGCGGAUUCGGUGGCGAAAAUAACAUUCCUGGAGAGAGGUUACAGUGCCUCGAGGCAGACCUGACCGUUGAGGGUGAAACUAUCACCGCCAAAGGUACAGGCAGCGUACCUUCUGAGUUUGACAUCGGCAGUCCUUUAGUGAGUGACGGUGUUCAGUACGGAGUACUGUCGUCGGUCGAUGGAACCGCUCCAGUGUAUUUGAAGACAUCAUUAUAUCGCGCAUGGAUCCAAGAGGUGACUGGAACAAUCGUGUAAAGUUUAACAGUUGAAGAAGCAGCUGGUUACGUCAUUAUGACGAUAUAAAUAUUGAAUUUAAUAAAUUAACUAAACAUUG